GCCACUUCGAGAUCAAUGAACGUUCGAAUUCUAAACCCUAGCACGGAAAUAAGCUUCAAGUUCGACGGCAAUGGCGAUGGAGAUCGAUUUGCCGAAGCCGGAAGUGCUCUUCCGAGCCGCAGAGGAUGGGGACGCUUCUCUAUUUGCCUCCCUCUCCAGGGAAGCCCUAGACAGGGCUCGAUCGCUUAGGAACGAAGACGGCCGAUCCCUCCUUCACGUCGCUGCGUCCUUCGGCCGCUCCGAGGUUGUUGAUGUGAUAUCGGCUGCUGAUCCAUCGAUUAAUGGAGUCAACAGUAAGGAUGAAGAAGGUUGGGCGCCCAUUCACUCCGCUGCUAGCAUCGGGAAUGCUGAGAUCGUCGAGAUCUUGCUUAGUAGAGGAGGUGAUGUCAAUUUGAUUAAUGAUGGUGGACGCACUGCCCUCCAUUAUGCUGCUAGUAAGGGAUGGUUAAAAGUAGCUGAAGUUCUAAUAUCCCACGGUGCAAAGAUAAAUAAGAAAGACAAGGUUGGUUGCACCCCACUGCACAGGGCGGCAAGUACAGGAAAGUCAGAGUUGUGUGAGCUGUUGAUUGAGGAAGGAGCAGAUGUUGAUGUUGUUGAUAAAGCAGGCCAAACACCAAUUAUGCAUGCAGUGAUAUGCCAGAACCAACAGGUUGCUCUUCUUUUGAUAAGGCAUGGUGCGGACCUCGAUGUGGAAGACAAGGAAGGAUAUACCGCGUUAGGCAGAGCAUCAGAUGACUUCAGACGGAUACUGAUUGAUGCUGCCAAGGCAAUGCUUGAAGGUUAGAUGACAGAGAUACAGUCUCUAGAACUGAGCUUCCUCCAGUAGAUCACAAUCAAGUUCUUCAAGAAGUAUGGCUAAUCAGAGGACUCCAGAGAUGGAUGGAUAGUGAGACCGGCAUUCAGUUUGUAUUCGGCAUGCAUGUGCUGUGUUAAGAAUCUGAAACAAGUUCAGCAUGCUGUUCUCAGCAGUAAUGAAACUUAGAACUGCAGUAGUCUAACAGUGGUUCGACUCGUCUGCUUGCCUUUUAUGUGUAUCUUGCAGAGAAGUAAUGGUAUUUCGAAGUAUAGACUUUCCGAGA